UCUAACUUCGUGAAAGAUUGACCAAUCGAGCUAAAAUUUGUAUCAAUGAUGCAGACAUAAUAGGUUAACAAACAGUUAAAUUUGAGAAUUUUUGAUGCACUCUAUGAAAGUUACAGCAUGUUGAUCUUUACAAUUAAGAAAGCUCGUGCAGAUGAAAACUGAUUUGGAUGUAAGGCCCAACUAGACGCAGAAAACUUGAAUUUAAUUGUUGAAUGUGAAUGUUGAAUGGUAUGGGAAAAGUAUUUUUUCAGUAGAUAGAACCUUUGUUAGAGCUCAAAGUUGAAUCACUUCUAUAAAUAAUCGAAAUAAAAUUCGUAUUAUGUAACCCAUAUUCAUACCAUACAUGACUAACUGUCAUGAGUUCAUUAAAUGUAAUACCUAGCGUGCUAUAGUAGUGUAUCCAGUUUCAUUUUCCGAAGCCAGGUUGAGGCACCACAGCGACAGAGAAUGACUUGCAUAGUCCCCAGAAUACGACUUCAUGCAGUUCGUUCGCGCCAGUUAGUAAUACGGCAUCAAACUCGCUGCUCUCGAAUUUGUCACACUGGAAAGCGAACCAAUUUUUAUGAACCAUUAGGGCUGCAAUAAAAUCCAACACCUUAGGUCAGCAAGUUGACGACGGCCCCGGUUUGGGACGACCGACCACGGCACGGACGGGAGGCUCGUCGUAGAGUUUAUUUAUUUUGAUUUGCCUUGGUGUGUUUGAAUUAUGAACGCAUCGAGCAUCCAGCAGAGGACAAGGCGAUGUUGGGUUCGAAAUACAGUGAUAGACACGAUACUAAUACAACUGUCCCCAUGGGUCCAAAAUGUCUUAAUUUUGAUAAAACUUUAGAGCUGUCUGAAAAGAAUAAGAUUUUUAGACGCUAAUUUAGUAAUUUAUCAGAAGUGGUUUUCGAAUUUUGUCCGCCACUGUACAUAUGUGUAUAGCAUAAUGCGACACGCGGCUUCUUCCUGGAAAAUAGAGCAAGCGUAGGGCAUGCGAGGCCGGAUUUGUUCUACUCGCUUGGCGGUUUUGUGGUUAACUGUUUAGUACGACACGUUAUAAUAGUUGACGCUUUGUGUAGCUGAUCCGUGCAGCCACGAAUGUUUAUUUUUCGAGAGUCGUGUUCAGGUAUGUGAUUUUGUCGCUGGACGUUGGUUGAAAGCCUUACGACCCAGUGGAGUUUUCUGUUGAAGUGGAAUAAGGUCGAAAAUGAUCCACUUUUCACGCCAAAUGACGAUGAACGUGUUUCCAUAUUAUCGAUUAUUCUUAUAUUUGAGUUAUGAAGCCAUGCUCCAAGACAAUUAUUUACAUUCCCUUCGGGUUCUGAAAUUAUUCCCAACAUCAAAGUCAAUCACCAUCUCUAUUCAUCAUUGUACUGAUAAUAAAUGUUAAAAUAAAAAUAAAUUACCAUCUGAGUACACUUUGAUUCGGCCCGUACAUUUACAGCAACAGCAAUAAAAAAAUCUCAUACGCUUGUUGACGGCUCGGAUCAUCCCAAGCGUAACGAGAAAACGUGCCAUGUACUGAAACCAGAGUGUUCAGAACAAGCAAAGAAAAAAAAAAUCUUCCUGGCGGCAGGCAAUUACGAGAACUAAGAAAAAUCCAAAGAUUCCGAUUGCUUUCUCGAAGAAAUCAAAACAAAAUCGAAUCUCGAAAACGGGAACCAUCAGCAUCAUCUCCGAGCUGAGCUCCGAGUUGAGGAGAUUGAGACAUCGAAGGUCACGGUACGGUGAACGCUGCUGGGCCGCCGCCAGCAGCAGCAACAGCCAGAAUGAUCUUCCAGCAGAGCCAGAGGUCAACUCCGGGACCGAGCGGUUGAUUAUCAGCAUCAGAACGACAUGAGUCUGGCGGACAGCACGGUGGUUAUGUGGUGCUUAUCAGAACCAUGUUUUCAUGCGCUGUUGUUGACGAUCUUGACUUCAGAGAUGGGUGAUUGAGUUUUCGAACCUUCAGCAUGAGAUGGGAUGCUUGAUGUUGAUUUAUAAUGUUGAAACUUAAUAUGCCAGCCAUAGUAUCUAGCUAGAUAAACUAAUGAGCAUGAUUAUUGUUACAACGCCGCAAGGAUAUAAGUUUUUGUAGUUUUCGGGACCGGUCUAAAACAUGUACCGGUCUAGCCGCAACAUAACCACCGCAGCAUGACAGCUUGCGUGUGGUGGUAGUAGUAGUGUGAUAGGCAAUGAGCGAGAAGGUAAAUAAAAACCAUAUGAUGAUGAUGGGAAUGACGAUGAUUAUGACGGUAGGCGCGGUAGGCAGAUAUUUCGCCAUUGCAGUAAAUAGAUAAGGCAAAUUAGUUGAGUUGUGCAAAGGUGCGUUAUUUUAUUGAAAUUGUAGUGAAUUCGGGGCGAGAAUACUUCCAAAAAUCGGUUGUAAUUAUCAGCAAUACGCUGUUGCCAAUCCGAUCCGUGACAGAUACCUGGGAAUCACCGGUAAUAGGAAUAGGAAAGGUGUCCACAUUCCGGCGACAUUCGCUAUUCACACUAAAUCAAGUUAGGGUAACUGCACCCAUUAUCAUCCCAAGAUAGAAUUGGAAACCACUUCUUGUGAGUAUUUGUACUAGAAUAGAUUAAGAAUGUUAAUUGAAUGAUUAAAUAAAUUGCAGUUUUAAGCGUUGCUACAAAAUCUGAGCCGCUCUAAAAAUUUUGGUUUCCCUUCGGGAACAUUCUUAAAAAAGAAGUGACACCCGCGAAGUGAUUCCCGCGUAGUGAAAAGUGUCAAGUGAGGAGUGAAAACCUGCAGCAAGAUGGCUUCCGAUGCAGAAUCCACCCACGAUCAAACCAUCAUGGACCUGACGGCGACUCCGUGCGCCAUCUGUGGCCCGUCUACGCGCGACGAAGUGAUGGUCGGCUGUGACGGAUGCGCGGAAUGGUUCCACAUCCGUUGCGUGGGCAUCGAGGAGGGCAAACUGCCGAAGAAGUGGUACUGCCAAAGCAAGGCCUGCCAGGAGAAGGCCCAGGAGUACCAUCAGAAGCAGAAGGACGCCAAGAAGCAGGCUCGCACCCGGAAAAACGGCAACGAGUCUGACAAAUCCAGCGUCAGCUCUCGCCUAGCUUCGUCUAGCGUGGAGGCGAAGGUGCGAGCGCUAGAGGAGAAACAGAAGCGACAGUACGAGGAGAUGGAAGCGGAGCUGCUGCUGCAGAAAAAGGAAAGGGAGAUGCAGCGUGCGUUCGAGCAGCGAAAAAUGGAAUUGGAGCUGCAGAUGCGCGCUGAGGAACAAGAGGAGCAAAGAGCUUGGCAAGCGGAAAUGCUCCAGAAGAAGAAGGAACAGAUUCGGCAGAUGAAGGCGGACCAAGACUCGUUCGAGCUGCAGAUGGCAGCCAUGGAUAAGGAGUUGGCGGAACUGUCGGCUCAAAAAUCCAAACCGGAGCCGAAAGUAGUCGCGGGUGCUUCAAAAGCGGGCCAUUCCGGCAAAGUCGACAAAAAUGUGUUGAAGCUGAGCAAGGCGAACGUGAGGAAGCUAGCGCAAAGCUACGAAAGCUCCGAAGAGGAUGAGGAGGACGACGAUUCCGGUGAUUCGGAUCUGCAGAGCCAGAGUUCGGACUCGUCGAUGGAGCGCAAGGCGAAACUGAAGAAGUACAAGAAAGUGGGAAGUGUCAGCCAAGACGGGCUGGGGCAGCAGCAGACCGGACCGACGAAGGCCCAGCUGGCCGCGAGGAAGGGGUUGACAUAUAAACUCCCAAAAUUCUCCGGCAAACCAGCGCAGUGGCCAUUGUUUUUCGCGGCCUACAAAGCGUCCAAUGAGGCCUGUGGUUACAUGAACCACGAGAACCUGAUGCGACUUCAGGAAGCGCUGGAAGGUGACGCUCUGGAACUGGUAUCUGGGCAGUUACUGCUUCCCGAAUCCAUCCCGCAGGUCAUCGAGAAGCUGCGCCGACACUUCGGCCGCCCGGAACAACUGCUCCAAAGCCUGUUGGACAAAGUGAACCGGCUGGAACCUCCGAGGGCGGACAAUUUGAGGAGCUUUGUUCCAUUCGGAAAUACGGUGGAGCAACUCUGUGGCCAUCUGGAGGCCGCGGAUCUGAAGCAGCACCUUAUAAACCCGCUGUUGAUCAAAAGCCUUGUCGCCAAGCUACCAGAUCGAGAGAAGCGGGAGUGGGUCCAUUACCGGAGGAGUCGCGGCGAAACAACCUUGCGAACGCUGACGGAUUUCUUAAUGGACAUCGUCGCAGACGCCUGCGAAGCCAACGUAGAUGUCGAGUUCGUGCCCUCUCCGCCGUCGAAAGGAAUUCCACCAUCCAGAAAAAGGAUGCCGAAGGAGAAAGGUGGACUAUACAGCCACAGCGAAGCCAGCGGAUCGGCCGCCAACGCCGGCGAGGAAAAGGUUUUGAAGCCCUGCAAACAAUGUAGGAGGACGGAUCAUCGGCUACGACACUGCGGCGAGUUUAAGAAUCUGCGGUAUGCGGAUCGGCUGAGGCUGGUGAACCGGGAGAAGCUGUGCCACGUGUGUCUGAAUGAACAUGGAGGGCAGUGCAAAUUCAAAAUUCGCUGCAACAUCGGUGACUGUCGAGACUUCCACAAUCCGCUGAUGCAUCCGGUCGGAAACACGGUCGGGCUCAGUGCACACAUCCGGACAAACUGCACGGUAUUGUUCCGGAUCGUUCCGGUACAGCUGCACUACGGUGGAAAAACGGUGUCAGUGCUGGCGUUCCUGGACGAAGGUGCUUCCGUCACACUGGUGGAGAAAAAGCUCGCCGACCGUCUGGGCGCGGUCGGAGUACAAGAGCGAUUGACCAUCCGGUGGACGGGAAACAUGUCGAGGGUGGAGGAUUCCCGAAGAUUGAGCCUAUGGGCGUCGGGAACAGGCGCAGCCGCCGGCAAGAUGCGGUUGCACACGGUGCACACUGUGGGAAAGUUGAUGCUGCCGCACCAAAAGUUGGAUUCGCAGGAGCUUGCCGCACAGCACGAACAUAUGCGAGGGCUGCCCAUUGAGUCGUACGACGGACAGCCGCAGUUGCUGAUUGGGGCGAACAACAUCCACUCGUUCGCGCCGAUAGAAGCGAAGGUGGGUACGCCCAUGGAACCAAUAGCGGUUCGCACUAAAUUGGGAUGGACGGUGUAUGGGCCGCGGCAAACAACCUCGGCGGCGGCCGGUAAUUAUCUCGGCUACCACCAGCAGAUUACCAACGAGGACCUGCACGAGCUGCUAAAAAGUCAUUACGCGCUGGAAGAGUCAGUGGUGGCAAUCCCGCAGGAAACAGCAGAGGAGAAACGCGCCCGGGAAAUACUGGAGCGAACCACCAAACGCGUCGGUGACCGUUUCGAAACCGGACUGCUGUGGAAAACGGACGAUCCACGAUUCCCGGACAGCUACCCGAUGGCGGUGCGCAGAAUGAAGCAGUUGGAGAAGCGACUCGACAAGAAUCCGAAGCUGAAGGAGAACGUCUGCAAGCAGAUCGACGAGUACCAGCAGAAGGGGUACGCACAUCUCGCUACCGCCGAAGAACUGGCCGGUACUCCUGCCGACCAAACGUGGUACCUGCCGAUCAACGUCGUUCAAAAUCCCAAGAAGCCCGAGAAGAUUCGUCUAGUCUGGGACGCGGCGGCGGCCGUGCAAGGAGUAUCCCUAAACUCACAGCUGCUGUCAGGGCCGGACAUGCUCGUCCCACUCAUCAAAGUGCUCUGCGGGUUUCGUGAAUGGCGGAUUGCCUUCGGUGGAGACUUGAAAGAGAUGUUCCACCAGCUGCAGAUUCGCUCCGAGGACAAGCAAAAACAACGUUUCGUCUUCCGAAAAGAUCCGGAAGAACCGCCACAAAUCUACGUCAUGGAUGUGGCGACAUUUGGGUCGACAAGCUCUCCCUGCUCGGCUCAAUACGUGAAGAACCGGAACGCCGAAGAGUUCGCCGCUCAGUAUCCUGAAGCGUCGGUGGCCAUAAUACGUCGGCAUUACGUCGAUGACUACUUCGACAGCGUCGACACCGAAGAGGAGGCAGUGAGGCUGGCGCAGGAAGUCCGGCUCGUCCACAAAAAAGGCGGGUUCGAAAUCCGAAACUGGGUGUCCAACUCGCCGGGAGUUCUACGGAGCCUGGGAGAAGCGAAGCUGGCGACGCCGGUGCAUUUCGGCCGAGACAAGCAGACGGCCAAUGAGAGAGUCUUGGGAGUGAUCUGGGAUCCGAACACGGACCAGUUUGCGUUUUCCACGACGCACCGCGAGGGGUUAAUGCCACACCUGUACGAGGGAAAGCGACCGACGAAAAGACUAGUCGCCAGUUGUGUGAUGGGAUUCUUCGAUCCGCUCGGAUUGCUGUCGCCGUUCACCAUCCACGGCAAGAUCAUCAUCCAGCAUCUGUGGCGGUCCAAGUGCGACUGGGACGAGGAAAUCGAUCCCAAUUCCUGGGAGCUGUGGAAGCGGUGGACGAGUUUGUUACCGGAGGUCGAAGCUAUCCGGAUUCCACGUUGCUAUCUUGGCGACGCUAGAUCCAUCGAAGUCAAUUCGUUGGAACUCCACAUCUUCACCGAUGCCAGCGAACACGGAUACGGCUGCGUAGCAUAUCUGCGAGCAGUCAUCGACGGGAACGUCCACUGCAGCCUGAUGAUGUCCAGGGCUAAAGUGGCACCGGUCAAACGGCAAUCGAUUCCCCGUCUGGAGUUGAUGGGCGCGGUGAUGGGGGCCAGGAUGAACUAAGCCGUUUUGGACACGCACUCCUAUCAAAUCAACCGCACCGUUUUCUGGACAGACUCGCGCACCGUAUGCAGUUGGAUCAAUGCCGAUCAACAUCGGUACAAGCAAUUCGUCGCCUUCCGGGUCGGCGAGAUACAAGAGUUGACGAGGGUAGCGGACUGGCGAUGGAUUCCGACCAAACUAAA